AUGACAGUCGUGACUGACGGUAAAUAAAAAGAUGUAAACUAGGUCAGCAGAAAGAAAUAAACAAACGUUGAUUAAUUCUAGUCGGAGUUUAGUAAUAAAUAAUAUAAAAUGGAUCACCGUUCAGGAUUAGUAAAUAUUUUCAGUGCAAUUAGAAGUCUACCACAGGGUCAUGAUAAGCCAGUUAAACAAGCUCUCUAUAAUACUGUGGCUCUUUUUUUGUUAAUUGUAUGUUGUGCUGCAGGAUGUGCGUUAUACAUAAUAUUCCAGUCUUUUGUGAAACCGUUAAUGUGGGCUUUAUUAGUUGGAUCAACCCUACAUCCGUUAAAACGUUCUUUAAGGGAUAGAUUUCAAACUUGGUUUCAGAAUUUGGAAAUUAACAACACUCCUAUCGUUUUUGGAGUUAUUUUAGUACCAGUGAAUAUUGUGAACGAUGUUUCAGAUUUUAUCGGAAAACAUUUAUGGAAACGAUUAAAGUUGAUAAUAGUUAUUGGCAUAAUAGUACCUAUAAUUCUUCUUAUUUACCACUAUACUCCGAAAAUUAUAGUUAAAAUAUUAUGGCGAUUUGUACUUCUUACAUUUAGAACAAUAAAUUGUUUCAUAGAUGCGUCAUCAAUAUGGAUAGUAGGGCUUAUUUUGAUCGCAUACAUUUCUAUGGUAUUUCUUCUUUGGAGAUGUGACAAUAAUAAAAAGUUUCAUUACUCUUCCAUAGUUAUUUGGAUCUUCGGUUCCAGUUGUUUGGCCAAACAAUUUGGCUACUACCAAUUACCCGUUUUUAUAUUAUUACAGAUAGUCAUUUUUGGAGGUUUUAUAUCUGAAGUUUAUGAACAUUAUAAAACAAUGAAAGAAAGUGGUCAGCCUAUAACGUUACCUGAAUCUUUAUCUCAAGUUUUUCACGAGAGUCACGUAAUUGAGGAAGAAAUCGUUGAUAGUGAUAAAGAAGAUGUAGAAGAAGAUGAUAUUGUUACAUUACCUGAAGAAAAGAAAGAGGAAAUGACGAGUAUUAAAGAUAAGUCUAAAGAUCCUCUAUCUUUAGAUCUUUUUGAAAGUACAAAUCCUAUAAUCAAUCAAAAACCAAAACUUUUAAAAAGGUCUUUAUCUCAACCUUACUUUUCUUCUAAAAUUAUUGGAGAUUCUGCUUUAAGAUAUGGGAAAAAAAUUUCCUAUUCCCAUACAAGUUUGAUAGAUACUGAAAGUUGCAGUAGUACUUUUUAUCUAAUUACAGUAAUGUGGGCUUGUAUAGUAAUGUUUUUCUGGAAAAAUCUUAUGUUUCUUCUACUUCUUCCAUUUCCUAUUUUAUAUUACAUUAUUAAGCACUUGGGUUAUUAUAUUGGUCUGUGGAGUUACCUAUAUGAAAAAGUCUGUGAUAUUUUUGAAAAAAUAGCAUCUUGGUGUCACGAGAGACACGAUGCUUUAGUACCUGUGCCUAUAAGAGGCUUAUACAACAUCAUUCACAAACUGAAUUCGUUUCUAAAAAAUGCUGUGAAGAAUGGUAUAGAUACAGUAGCAAGUUGUGUUGUGAUUUUUGGUUUAAUCAUUUUUCUAAUUUGCACAUCGGUUUUUAUAGCUUUUCAAAUAUACGCUGAAGCUAUAAUGCUUGUCGAAAUGACCGGGUCUCUUAUAAACCAAACUAUAGUUCAUAAUCCAGAAAUAAAACAAUUGUUACCUCCUUCUUAUUAUAACGUUGACGCAUUUUUGGAUAACACUUAUAAAUACGGAAGAGAAGGGAUUUCGCAUAUUGUGAAAGGUUCAAUGUCAAAUGUCGACAGUACCGAAUCGAAGCAAUUAGAAAAACAAAUUUUGGAAUUAUGGGAUAGAGUGUAUCAAAAUUGGAUGUCCUCUAACGAUACACACGGUCCUAAAGUGACUGAUGAAGCCGUUAUACUAACUUGGAAUGAUUUUAUUGAAAAUUUACAAAAAUCACCAGAGAUGUUCAAUAUAAAUGGCUUAAUCGAAUUCGGGCAACAAAAUAUUGGUACUUUGAUGUCUUUAUUAGAAUCCGUUCUUGGUAUUUUGAAAGGAAAUAUUAGUUUGAUCUUCGGAUCGUUUACUACUUUAAUUACUGUGAUACUAGAAGGGGGUACUGCAGUAAUAAACUUUUCUAUAAGUUUGGUAGUCUUUUUCACAGCUUUGUUUUAUUUGUUACAUUCUAGCGGUGAUCAUUACAAACCAGUUGAAUUGUUAACAAACUUUUCACCAAGCGGUAUGCGUUUGGGACAUGCUCUAGAAGGUGCAAUUAUAGGAGUCUUUUCGGCUACUUUUAAAAUGACCGCUUUCUAUGGAAUGUGGACUUGGUUUAUCCACAAUUUAUUUGGAAUUAGAAUUGUUUAUUUACCCACGGUUUUUGCCGCUAUUUUAGGUGCUGUACCGUUUCUUGGUACCUAUUGGGCGGGCGUUCCGGCUAUACUAAAUCUUUGGUUAGCUCAAGACCGUGGUAUAGAAGCUAUAAUAUUUGCAGUGUUUCAAGUUCUUCCCACUUCCAUAGUCGAUACAACUAUAUAUAAAGAAAUCAAAGGAGGUGGUCAUCCCUAUUUAACAGGUCUAGCUAUAGCUGGUGGUAUAAUCUCUUUAGGUAUAGAAGGAGCUAUUAUAGGACCGAUGUUGUUGUGUGGACUUUAUGUUGCUAUAGAUCUGUCUUCUACGUUGUUUAAAGAAACGCCAUCGGAAGAAGUUAUUAAUUUGAGGUUAAGACAGUUGCAGAAUACUUGAUGGUUUCCUUUCCAGCUUGGUUUUUAUUAAAACAUUUUGCACUCGCUUUUUGAACGAAGCACAGUUGUUAACAUUUAGAUUGAUUCAUUUUAUAUUAGGUCGGGAAUUUAACACGUUGACUACCGUAAUAAUUACAUAUUUAAAAUAAAAGUCUAUAUAACAGUU